CUCGAGGAAGCAGAGGCGGAAGCGUAGACUAUGUAGGACCGGAAGUCAAAAAACCACCGACUGGUUUGUUGUUAUCCCGCCUGAACUAAAAGAAUGGCGGAUGAGGACGAGGAGACUGGCUUCGAUGAGGAGCUGGAUGACGGCUCCGGCGGCGUCGAUGUCGGCCACGGGAAGAGAAAGAGGCUGUUCUCCAAGGAGCUCCGUUGUAUGAUGUACGGUUUUGGAGACGACCAGAACCCGUACACGGAGUCCGUGGAUAUUCUGGAGGACUUGGUGAUCGAGUUUAUCACGGAAAUGACCCACAAGGCUAUGUCCAUCGGACGCCAGGGCCGCGUCCAGGUGGAGGACAUCGUUUUUCUAAUUCGCAAGGACCCCAGGAAGUUCGCCCGAGUCAAAGACCUACUGACCAUGAACGAAGAGCUGAAGAGAGCACGGAAAGCUUUCGACGAAGCAAAUUACGGCUCAUAAACUCAUCCUGAGAAGCUUCUUUACAUACGUCUAAUUUAGCAUUUAUUUCUUUUUAAUUUCUCUUUGUUCACCUGUGUCCUUUAGGAGCCUGUUCAGACUUCAGGGCCUGUCUAAACUCUGUAUUUUUUUUGCUAGGUGAUUUGCAUUAUUUCACGGAGAGUAUGACAAUGAGUGUUGUCAUGCUGUCUGGGACUGAUUAAAUAAAGUAACAUAUUAUUGUCAGAA